AUGCCAUUUGGCCUCACGAAUGCACCAGUGACUUUUCAAUCUCUAAUGAAUUAUGUUUUCCAACCAUUCUUGUACAAGUUCAUGCUUAUCUUCUUUGAUGAUAUACUCAUAUAUAGCUCAUCUUGGGUUGAACAUCUAAAGCAUGUUGAAGAUGUAUUGCGAGUUUUGGAUCAGCAUAAAUUAUAUGUGAAAUUAUCUAAGUGCUCAUUUGGCCAAUUGAAAAUUGAUUACUUGGGUCAUAUAGUAUCAAGUGCUGGGGUUGAAGUUGACCAAACCAAGGUCAUGAAAAUACAGAACUGGCCAAUACCCCUAAAUGUUAAGCAACUUAGGGGAUUUCUCGGCCUCACUGGGUAUUAUAGAAGAUUUAUCAAGAAGUAUGCUCAAAUUGUAGCACCACUUACUAAACUACUUCAGAAGGAUGUCUUUCAAUGGGGAGAGGAUGCACAAGUUGCAUUUAAGACGUUGAAACAAGCUUUAACUCAAGCUCCCGUCUUGGCAUUACCUAACUUCACUCAACCAUUUAUAUUGGAAACGGAUGCGUCAGUAUGGGCAUAG